AUGGCUGGAGCUAUCCAGCUAGUGGUGCUGUGUGCCCUUCUACUGCCUUGUGUGGAUGUGUCACUGGCUCAAGUGAAUGCUACACAGAUGGCAGUAGCAGUGUAUGAGACACUGAGUCCAUUCAUGACUGAAAUGAGGGAGAGUCUUGCUGCUGUUAAGACUGAAAUGAGAGAAGGCCUGGCUGCCGUUAAGACUGAAAUGGCUGCUGUUAAAACUGAAACGAGGGAAGAAGAGUUGGAAGCACUCAAUACGAUUGAUCUUAAACUGGACUUACUGGAUGCCAAACAGGACACACUGGAUGCCAAACAGGACACACUGGAUGCCAAACAGGACACGUUGGAUGCCAAACAGGACACGUCAGCUGAGAAUCAUGUGACAUUGAUUGAAUCCCAACUGACUUCAGUCAAUGCUAGUAUUGGAAAUGAGCUGCGAAUGGUGAAAAGACUCCUUUCAAAGAAUGACACAGCUGCAUGUGAAACAUCUGAGGUUGAUACUCACCCUGAAGACCUGUUACAAACUCUCCUGAAUAGCCAGAGUGAACUAGAGCUAAGGGUUCUGAGUAACAUCACAAAGGAGCUGGAGAUGUCAGCUGAAUAUCAUGUGACGGCAUUUGAAUCUACACUGGCAUCUGGACUGUCUUCGUGGAUGCUGUUAAAAGUCCUCAGCAACAAUACAAAGGAACUAAGGCGGUCAGCUGAGAUUCAUGUGACUGCAAUUGAAUCCCAACUAACACUAGUGGAUGCUGGCAUCCGGAACGAACUAAGGAAAAUUGAAAGUCAGAUUUCAAAGAACAGCACUGGACCAGAGAGAGUCGAGUUGGAGAUAUUCUCAAAUGAAGAUGUACUAGAGACACUGGUGUCAGUCAAUACCAGCAUCUCUGGACAAGUGAGGCACAUCAAUGAAGGUCUGGAGCAUAUCAGUAGCUCUGUGGACAGUGUGAUAGUCGGACUACAGGAAUGUGUUGUUGGCGGUGGGCAGAACUAUUCAAGACAACCACUGGAAGAGUGUAAGGAGGUUGGAGACGUGUGGCCUACCUGA